UAUCUCUCUCUCAUCCCUGCAACUAGUCUGUCUGUCAUCUCACCUUGAAAACCCUAACUUUUUUUUUAAUUACCAAAUCAAAAAACAUUAAUGGAAGAAGAAGUAAAACAAUAAAAUCUCAAACUCUCAGUAAUAACUCUUCAUUAUUAAUUUUAUUACCUCUUUUGUAUACAAGUUGAGAAAGAGAAAAAAAAAACCCAAUUUGUCUUGCCCUUUUUGAAAUUCUAUCAAACAGUUGAAAACAAGCAAGCAACAACCCACUUUUUCUUGUUCUUUCCUUCACAUCUACAAUGCCGUCUACCCCUUUUCUGAACCCUAAAUAAAUAUCUUCUUCUACCUGUUAAUCAAUGGCUUCUGUAGGAGAUAUUACAGCAACAGGAGGAGGAGGAGCAAUGGCAGAUACAACAGAUGUUUCAGACCAAGUAAUAUUUCUACAUGGUGAUCUUGAUUUAAAAAUUGUUGAAGCUAGACGUUUACCUAACAUGGAUAUAAUGGCUGAACGUUUUCGCCGUUGUUUUAGUGCCUGUAAUGCUUGUAAAAAACCAUUAACUUCUGAAGAAAUGAAGCAUCCGCAUAGAAAAAAUAUUACUAGUGAUCCAUAUGUGUCGGUUUGUCUUGCUGGUGCCACUGUUGCUAGGACUAGAAUUAUACCUAAUUCUCAAGCACCUAAAUGGGAGGAGCAUUUUGUUAUUCCACUUGCUCAUCCUGUUUCUACAGUUGAAUUUCAAGUUAAAGAUAAUGAUAUGUUUGGUGCUCAACUUAUUGGAAUUGUUUCAAUUCCUGCUCAACAUAUUAAUUCUGGGCAGCAUUUGAAGGAUUGGUAUCCUAUAAUUGGACCUUAUGGGAAAACACCAAAAGAGGGGACGGCGCUUUAUUUGGAAAUGAAAUUUACCCCUUUUGAGCAGAAUUCUAGGUAUAGACGGGGGAUUGCAUCGGAUCCGGAGUAUUUGGGUGUUCGGAAUACUUAUUUUCCUGUUAGAAGAGGUGGAUCAAUUCAACUCUAUCAAGAUGCACAUGUUCCUGUUGGAAUGAUACCAAAAAUUGAACUUGAUGGUGGAAAGGCUUUUCGGUCUGGACAGUGUUGGGAAGAUAUCUGUCAUGCUAUAUUAGAAGCUCAUCAUUUGAUUUACAUUGUUGGUUGGUCAAUUUACCAUAAGGUGAAGCUGAUUAGAGAACCUACAAGGCCAUUACCGCGAGGUGGGGAUUUAACUCUUGGCGAGCUCCUCAAGUAUAAAUCACAAGAAGGUGUUCGGGUUCUGAUGUUGGUUUGGGAUGAUAAAACUUCCCACAGUAGUUUCCUCCUUAAGACUACAGGAGUGAUGGGUACUCAUGACGAAGAAACUAGGAAAUUUUUCAAGCAUUCAUCUGUCAUUUGUAUACUUUCACCUCGUUAUGCUAGCAGUAAGCUUAGCAUCGUCAAGCAGCAGGUUGUAGGAACCCUCUUUACACACCAUCAGAAGUGUAUCCUGUUAGAUACACAGGCCUAUGGAAAUAACAGAAAGAUCUCAGCUUUUGUAGGAGGUCUUGAUCUUUGUGAUGGACGAUACGAUACACCAGAGCAUAGACUAUUUCGUGACCUCGACACCGUUUUUGAUGACGAUUAUCACAAUCCUACAUUUCCCGCAGGAACUAAGGCUCCAAGACAACCAUGGCAUGACCUGCACUGCAGAAUGGAAGGCCCUGCUGCAUAUGAUAUCCUCAAAAACUUUGAGCAGCGUUGGAAAAAAGCAACAAAAUGGUCUGAGUUUGGACAGCGUUUUAAGAAGAUACGACAUCAUCACGAUGAUGCGUUAAUAAAGCUUGACCGUAUCUCCUGGAUACUUAGUCCUUCACCAGCUGUUCCCGAGGACGACCCUAUCUUAUGGGUAUCCAAUGAAGGAGAUCCUGAAAACUGGCACGUUCAGGUUUUUCGAUCUAUCGACUCUGGAUCUGUGAAAGGUUUUCCUAAGAAUGUUCGAGAUGCUGAAGCCCAGAAACUUACCCUAGAGAAAAAACUUGUGAUAGAUUCGAGCAUUCAAACAGCAUACAUUCAGGCAAUCAGAUCAGCCCAACAUUUCAUAUAUAUUGAAAACCAAUAUUUUCUCGGAUCAUCAUAUGGGUGGCCGUCUUACAAAAAUGCAGGUGCCGACAAUUUGAUACCCAUGGAGAUUGCAUUAAAGAUUGCUAGUAAAAUAAGAGCAAAGGAGAGGUUUGCAGUGUACGUUAUCAUACCGAUGUGGCCUGAGGGAGUACCCAAUACUGCCCCAGUACAAGAAAUUCUAUAUUGGCAGUAUCAAACGAUGCAAAUGAUGUACGAAGUCAUAGCUGCAGAGCUAAAGUGUGCGCAACUUGAGAACGCACAUCCACAAGACUAUUUGAAUUUCUAUUGUCUUGGUAAUCGGGAACCACUGCCCAACGAGAUCUCAGCUAAUGAACCUUCUACAAAUGGUGAUAUGGCCUCAAUUGUCCAAAAAUCUCGGCGAUUUAUGAUCUAUGUGCAUGCUAAAGGAAUGAUAGUUGAUGAUGAGUAUGUAAUUAUGGGAUCUGCCAAUAUAAAUGAACGAUCUAUGUCUGGUUCAAGAGACACGGAGAUAGCAAUGGGUGCAUAUCAGCCGCAUCAUGCAUGGGAAGCCAAGAAGAGGCAUCCCCGUGGCCAGGUUUAUGGGUAUAGGAUGUCAUUAUGGGCAGAACACCUAGGUAGGUUAGAUGAUUGCUUCAAGGAGCCACAAAAUGUAGAUUGUGUUAAGAGUGUAAACGAAAUUGCCGAAGAUAACUGGGCAAGGUUUGCAGCUGAGGAGGUAAUGUCUCUGCAGGGACACAUUCUCAAGUACCCAGUCAAGGUAGAUGCUAAUGGAAUUGUAGGGCCGAUACCUAACCAGGAAACUUUCCCAGAUGUUGGUGGAAAAAUUAUUGGUGCUUACACCAACCUUCCAGAUGCUUUAACUACUUAACAGCUCUGCUCACAAUGGCUCACUCACUUUCUUGUAUAAACACCAAACGCUUUAUCGGUGUUUGUUGUAAAAACUUGUAACUUGUACAAUUUUUUUAUUUGUUUCAUGUAAUUUGCUGAUGUGUAUGUACAAUGGAAAUCGAAUAAGAAAAAGGGGAGAUUUGUUCAGUUCC